GAGCACAACAAACAUCAGUUGUUUUAAUGCAUCUGAAACUGCUUCUAUAUGUAUGACCAAUUGCCCUACUCUGAUUGUCAUGGUGGGUCUCCCAGCAAGAGGAAAAACCUACAUCUCGAAGAAGCUGACACGCUAUUUAAAUUGGAUUGGAGUGCCUACAAAAGAAUUUAAUGUUGGUCAGUAUCGUCGAGAUUUGGUGAAAAAGUAUAAAUCUUUUGAAUUCUUCCUGCCUGACAAUGAAGAAGGCUUGAAAAUCAGGAAACAAUGUGCCUUAGCAGCGCUGAAUGACGUCCGACGGUACCUCAGUGAAGAAAAUGGGCACGUGGCUGUCUUUGAUGCUACAAACACGACUCGAGAACGUAGAGAAACUAUUUACAAAUUUGGUGAAGAAAACGGAUAUAAGACUUUUUUUGUUGAGUCAGUAUGCGUAGACCCAGAGGUCAUUGCUGCAAACAUUGUGCAAGUGAAGCUGGGUAGUCCUGACUAUGUUGAUUGUAGUAAUGAUGAAGCGACAGAAGACUUCAUGAAAAGAAUAGAGUGCUACAAGAACUCGUAUGAGACAUUAGAUGAAACUCUUGACAAGGAUCUUUCUUAUAUUAAAAUUAUGGAUGUUGGAAGAAGUUACCUUGUGAACAGAGUAAUGGAUCACAUCCAGAGCCGGAUUGUCUACUACCUCAUGAAUAUCCAUGUGACUCCUCGGUCAAUCUACCUCUGUCGACACGGAGAAAGUGAACUCAAUCUGAAAGGGAGAAUAGGAGGAGAUCCUGGACUGUCUGUCAGGGGGAAAGAAUUUGCCAAAAGCUUGGCACAAUUUAUUAAUGAGCAAAAUAUCAAAGACCUGAAAGUUUGGACCAGCCAGAUGAAAAGGACAAUUCAGACUGCUGAAGCCUUGGGAGUGCCUUAUGAGCAGUGGAAGGUUUUGAAUGAGAUAGAUGCAGGAGUGUGUGAAGAAAUGACAUAUGAAGAAAUACAAGAAAAUUAUCCGCUUGAAUUUGCACUGAGAGACCAAGACAAAUACCGAUACAGAUACCCUAAAGGAGAGUCCUAUGAAGAUCUUGUUCAGAGGCUGGAGCCGGUAAUUAUGGAACUUGAAAGGCAGGAAAAUGUGCUUGUCAUAUGUCACCAAGCUGUCAUGCGCUGUUUGCUCGCAUAUUUUCUUGACAAGCCUGCAGAACAACUGCCUUACCUGAAGUGCCCGCUGCAUACUGUCUUAAAGCUAACGCCGGUGGCUUAUGGAUGUAAAGUAGAAUCUAUAUUCCUGAAUGUUGAAGCUGUAAACACACACAGAGAUAAACCCGAGAACGUAGGUGUGGAUCGGUCAAGAGAAGAAGCGUUGAGGACAGUACCUAACCACCUAUAGCUCCGGUUCCCGGGGGCGGCAGCCCUUCCUCCGGCACAAGAGCGUUAAGUAGCAGCUCAGGUCUAGGAGAACAGAGAAGGCGUCGCUGAGUGCCGAGCGAGUUGGAACGAACGCGCCUCCCCUUCACUUUUAAGACAUUUCGAAUGUGAUUCAGCUUCUUUGGAGAAAACCUGUAGUUCUGGAUAACUCCCAGUGCCGAAAGGUAUCAGUAAAAAGAUUCAUGGGAAGCAGAAUAGAGUUGGGUUUAGAUUUUUUUCGUAUGUAAAUUUGUGCAGUUUUGGUGGUUUUUAUUGUUCAUCUGUGGAUACUGCGAGAUGGUUAAUUGCCCGUGUCAAUUUUACUGUCAGAUUUUAACUAGAUUUUACUUUCUUUUUUAAGUGUUUUUCUAAGAGUUCCUCUUAUUUUUACUGUGAAUGAUUGCCUAGAAUUACAUGGAGAUUUUUUUGAUGGAGUAUUUAACAUACGUGGAAUUCUACAUUUUGAGCAUUGGAGGCUUCAUGUUGCAAAACGACUUCAAACGGGAAAGCCUGUCAGCUCCGACAGCUUUUCGGGUGUUUCAAAAAUCUUAUUGGUUUGCCAACCACAACUUAGAUUUUUCUGAAACUGGGGAGGCUUUCCCCUUGGGAAACAAAACCAUUCACGCUAGAUUCGCUACCUGAAAGAUUCUGCUGUUUUAGCAAGAUCUUAAUGUCUUCCAGGGGCCAGCUGUAUUUUGGAGGGCAGCGGAAGACAGAGUAUUAAGUGGGGGAUGUGAGUGUGAGUAUAGCUAGCAGCAGCCCGGGUAAUGAGAGAGAGCGAGCGCGAGUCGUCCUUUCUGCUGCAGUUACAGGAGGGGAUGAGCAGCUUUUUUGAGACUGGAAGGGAGGGGAAAAGGAUUCAGACUGCCAAGGGCUGGAGAAGCUGCUUGUCUUAUUAGUGCUGUGGUAAUCUAUUUUUUUUUUUAGGCAAUUUUUGGAAUGAAUUUCAACAUAAAAGUAUAUGUUUCUCUUUUAUAGCCACAAUUAAUACGUACGUCAGGAAACAGUACAGAAAGGUUAGGUGGAGUUUAACCCUUCUAACAGCUCAUGCAAGAAAAACACCAGGUAAACUCUGAAAUUAUUUUUAACAUGGCACAUCUGCCUUGGGGUUUUUUCUGUUGUUUUUAAGCAUCUUCCACUGUCCCAGUUCUUCGCUGCUCUUUCAUACCUUGUGAAACUCCAGUGCUAAAAAUGGAAUGUUCUAUGUCUGUUGAGGCCACGACCUUUUAACUGUACUAAAUCAAUGUGUAUUUCGUACGUGUGUCACCAGACAACUGAAGCGAGCUGCCAGCACUGCUGCUGGCUCUUAGUUUUGAAAUGAGGAAUAUUCUUUGGUAGGGGGACUGUGUUUUUUCUAAGGACUUCAACUGAUCGAGCUCUUACCAGGUAUAUUGUUGGGGUUUUUUUUUGUUUUGUUGUUUGGGGUUUUUUUUCUUUUUCUCAAUUCCUGUGUGAAACGCCGGGCCCUCAUAACGUAGUUUUGCAGGCAAGGGCUAAGUUGUCUUUUGUUUGUGCAGGGUUUCUAAAAUAACGUGCUGCUGUUGUGAUUUGUUUUAAUAAGCUGAUUUCAGCAAUAUAUUCAGCUCUGGAAGUAAGCCAUACCGUAUCGCUGGGUUCGGUUUCAGAAGAGGGAUGCAUAGGGUACGGAGUGACCAGAAACACUUGCUUUCAAGCGCUGCUGUCUAAAGCUUUGUGUGUGCGAUCCAUGCGUUCGGUAACGCCCAUUUCAGAUCUUCAUUCCUUCAGCUGUGUCCGUAGUUUUUGUGUGAGGAGAGAGACCACACAGCGCUGCUCAGAGAAGUUAAUUUAUUGAUGCGUAGUUAACAAGGCCACCUUCGUGGCAAAAAUGUAGAAGUAAUUUCCCCUUCCGAUUUGACGUGUGUUCAGCGUGGGAAAGCCGGGCUGUGCUCCAGGCAGCCCUCGCUCCUCCGGACCUCCGCCGUCCAGCCGCGACCAGGAGUUGUUAAACAGUUUUUAAAUCAAGAAAGUCAGAGUUUACCUGUACCUACAGAGGGCAAAUCCCAGGAGACCGUAUUAGAAAAGCGGGGUUUUACCGGCAGACUGCGGUACUUCUUGAGCUCGGACCCGGUUGAAGAGGUGUGGUGGGAGGAAAGGUUUCCUGUAGCGAGGGCUGAGCCGAGGGCUGCUUCUCUUCGCUGGCAGGCAUGGCUUGAGGUGUCUCCCCUCUCUCCCUUUCGUUGUUUUACCUCUCUCAACUUUCAGAGGUGCUGUAAAAUUCCUCGAGGCUAAAUGUUUUAUGUAUAGUAGGUAUUUUUAUAGCCUGCUUUUGAAUAUACUGUGAUGAGUGUUUUACUAAGUGGGUGUUCAGUAAAAAGAAUUGUAUACAAGUGUAAAUAAACUGUUAUGCUGAUACUUGAAGAGAAAAAAAAAAAGUUGUCUGUUCUACUUUAGGAAGGUACUAAAUCACUGACUGCAUCCGACCCCUUCUAGCUGGUGGGAGCAAGUGUAGACAACGAAUGUAGAUUUGAAGGGAGUGAUCGGUUCUCCCCGGGGCGUAACCACCUUUCUGGAAAGGCACUGUCAAGAAUUGCGUAUUAUUGUCACUGUCUAAAAGCUGCGUAUGUCCCCCCCCCUCCUGAUGGAACUGUCACUGACAGAGGAGGUAAAAACCCUCGUCCUGACCUUGUGUAUUCAUACCUGUGUUUAUUUUACCGCCUUCUGGCUGUUAAUGCACUUGCUAGCUCAGAUGCAGUCUCUCAAAUGGGAUUAACCUGUCUUUCCUUCGUCGUAGUCUUUCAGACAAAUGUAAUCAUUUGACCUUUGAUCCAAGUAAUAAAGAUCAAAUGUGACAGU